AGAUAUCAAAGGCGCUCAAGCUGCCCUCAAAGCCGCCUCCGCUAUGGUAGACCGGGCACGAGACUUCUGCCCCCAGAUCCAGUCCAUCAACCCAGAUGUCAUUGAAUCCUUGUCUGGUAUUGUAGAUGUACUUUUCGACAACGUGUUUACAGAUGCUAUCGCGGGCAAGAAAAUCAAAGCCUCUAUGGAGAGAAUCGUGCGGCAACACAAGUACCUUACCGAGGGCCUAAGCUGGGUACACUCGCGCGCUAAUGAGCUCAAUGUAAAAUACUCGGCGAAGAAGCAAAAGUACAAGUCCGUUAAAUCUCAGCUGGUCAACCACCGCAACGCCCUGAUGAAGCAGGCGGCAAGCGGCCAACAGAACUGGCUGGCACCCAACGCCAGGCAAGCACAGCCGCAGCAGAAUUUGACCCCACAACAGUACGGGCAGUAUCCAGCCGCACCUCCCAGUCCCAGGCCUGACCAAGCAGAGGCCUUCGAUAUCAUGGCACCCGUGGUCGGGGUACCUCAACUGGACCCUAACAAUCCUUUCGGAAGUAUCGAUCAAAUACCCGAGGCGCCUCCCAUGGAUGGGAAUAAUCCUUAUGGUUACGCACCUCCACCGGGACAGUUUGGGGGCUAUGCACCUGCACCCGGAAUUUAUGGACAGGCUCCCCCGCCUCCGGAACAGUAUGGACAAGCUCCCCCAUAUCAGGGACAGUAUGCACAGGCACCACCUCAGUACGGGGCGACUCAGGGAUAUGCACCACAGGAACAUUACCAACAACAACCACCCCCGCCAGCUGACCAAGAGACCCCCGAAAAGAAGCCUAUUGCGCCUGAAGGCUAUCCCCAAUAGGGUAUUUAUAUGUAUACGUAGACGUAUAUGUUUCAUAUAUAAAUAGGGUUUGAUGAUGGUUGUAUGGGUGGACGAUGGUUAGGGUUGAGGGGAAUCAAAGUACAUAUUGCAACACUAAAAAUUAAAAGAAUAC